AUGAGAUUGAUCCUGGACUGCGGUUUGGAUUUAAUGCGACGGCUACCACCGCAACAAGUCGAGAAGAAUCUGAACGAUCUGAUAGAUUUAUGCCCUCGAUUGCUAGACGAUCUGUUGAGCGCUGUGGAUCAACCGCUGAAAAUAGCUAAAGACAAAGAUACUGGAAAAGAAUAUCUUUUGUGUGAUUACAACCGGGAUGGUGACAGUUAUAGAUCACCAUGGUCGAACACCUAUGAUCCACCACUAGAAGACGGAGCGAUGCCGUCGGAUAAACUACGAAAACUUGAAGUUGAGGUGAACGCAGCCUUCGAGGCAUAUAGAGAUGCAUAUUUCGAGGGUGGCGUAUCAUCGGUCUAUUUCUGGGAUUUAGAUUACGGUUUUGCUGGCGUUGUGCUGAUCAAGAAAAUCGGUGAUGGUUCACGUAUGAUUAAAGGUUGCUGGGAUUCCAUUCAUGUCAUCGAGAUUCAAGAGAAGGUGCGUUCGUUCUUUAAAAAAGUUUUCAUUUUGAUAUGGCAUAUAAAAAUUACGUGUUUACUUACGCGCAGGCAUAAGUCCUUAUUGGAAAUUGAGGCUGGGAUCCUACUGAAAAAGCUGUGA